AUGAAGUCCGCCAUUAUUUUCACUACCUUUACCGCCGCCCUAGGCUUCCGUAUACCCCAGAAUACUCUAGGAUCUGCUUCCCAAUGGGAAGCCCCUGGAGAGAAUGACUUUCGAGGGCCAUGUCCAAUGAUGAAUACUUUGGCGAACCACAAGUUUCUACCCCAUGAUGGGAAGAAUCUUACGAAGGAGGUUGUCGUCGCUGGUUUAGCCGCGGCACUGAACUUCGACCCUGCGUUGGGAAGUUUGAUGUUCGAUAUGGCGGUGAUCGCCAAUCCACAGCCCAACGCUACGUUUUUCACUCUCCGCUCGGAUGCCUUCUUUGGAAACAACCACAUCUUCAACCAAACAAUCUUCGACCAAGCGCGAGCAUACUGGACGGAACCCAUCAUCGACGCGCAGCAGCUCGCCAACAGCAAACUCGCGCGCCAGAUUGAAUCCAGGGCCUAUAACCCCGAGUAUACGUUUACCGCCAUGACGGAAGAGUUUAGCCUCGGAGAGGUGGCUGCUCCCAUCAUUGCUUUUGGCGAUAUGGACGCUGGUACUGUGAAUAGAACUCUCGUUGAGUACUUUUUUGAGAAUGAGCGUUUCCCUACAGAGCUCGGCUGGUCGAGGAGAGAUGACGUGGUAACACAAGAAGGGGUGCAGAAGGUUGCGGGGAUGAUUCGGGAAGCGACAAGCUUGAUCACUGCUAGUGACCGAGGGUUGAGAGUUCGAGACUCGCAUUUUGGGGCGAGUUUCUGA